AUGGCACGCAAUUACAGCACGCAAGAAGUUGUCGAUAUCCUAAUGCAGUCUGACAGCGAGGAUCUCCCCUCGUCACCCGCCGAGGAAGACUCCUCGUCACCCGCCGACGAUUCCGGGGAUGACUCGGAGGAUUCAUCCGUGCACAGUGAUCAGCUGGAGUCCUCUUCGAAAUCGUCUUCUGGAGAUGAGAGCGAAGGGGAGACGCAUGAUGAAGCAGCGGGAUGGACCACGAAAAACGGGAAGAUAGUUUGGUCCCCCACGAAUGCAGAGACGCUGCGCUACUUCCCGGCAGCCACGGGGCUUACUCCGGGACCCACCCACUAUGCCGCCGCCCGGAUAAUUGACCCGAUCUCCAGCUUCAUGUUGUUUCUCACAGAUGAGAUCGUGCAGCAUAUCGUUGCUAUGACUAACCUCCACGGCAGACGGACAAUGAAAGCCUGGCGAGAUUUGGACGCGGACGAGCUCCGGGCUUAUGUGGGGCUCAUCGUUUUGGCCGGCGUUUACCGGUCAAAACAUGAAUCUACCGAGAGCCUCUGGAGCGAAAAAUCGGGACGGAGCAUUUUCCGGGCAACGAUGUCCCACAAAAGGUUUCGUUACAUCUCCAGGGCAAUGCGGUUUGACAACAAGCUCUCCCGACGCCACGAUGACAAGUUUGCUGCAUUCCGCCAGGUAUGGGACCUCUGGACAUCACGCCUGAUCAUGCUGUUCAACCCCGACCAAGACCUCACUGUAGACGAGCAGCUGGUCCCAUUCAAAGGCAGGUGCGGCUUUAGGCAGUACAUGCCGAAAAAACCAGCCAAAUAUGGCAUCAAGAUUUGGGCAGCAUGUGACACGAAAACAUCAUACGCCUGGCGGCUGCAGGUGUAUACGGGGAAAGCAGCUGGCGCUCCACCCGAAGUUAACCAGGGGAUGAGGGUUGUGCUGCAAAUGACCGAGGGGCUCCAGGGUCACGUUAUCACUUGUGAUAAUUUUUUCACAUCGUAUGCACUGGCGGAGGAACUGCUGAAAAGGAAACUGGCACUUGUGGGCACGAUUCGCCAAUAUAAGCCCGAAAUUCCACCUGCUUUGCGCCAGGCAAGAGGAAGGGAGAUCUACUCAUCCAUCUUUGCUUUUACAAAAAAGCACACACUGGUCUCCUACAUUCCCCGACGGGGCAAGAAUGUGCUCCUGCUCAGCACCAAGCAUCGCAGUCCGGAUGUCACCGAUGGAGAUAAAAGAAAGCCCGUGAUCAUUGAAGAGUACAACCGAUGCAAAGGAGGUGUCGACAACCUGGAUAAGGUUGUCGGCACCUACACAUGCAGGAGGCGGACAAGACGCUGGCCAAUGGCCCUGUUCCACAACAUGAUAGACGUGUCACUGUAUAACGCCUAUGUGCUGUGGAUAUCAGUGGAUCCAUCUUGGCAGCAGCAGAAAUCCCACAGGAGGCGGCUUUACAUUGAAGAGGUGGGCGAAAGUUUGGUCAAGCCACAUAUGAUCAAAAGAGUGCGCCUUCCCCGCUCAUCAGCUGCGGCAGAAAUGGUUACAGCUGAGCGGGAUGCUACUGCCGCAGGCCCGUCUGUACCGAUUCAAAGCAGGGAUAGGAAGCAGUGCGAGCUUUGCUGUAACAGAAGACGGAGAAUUGGGAACAUCUGCAGCAAAUGCGGGAGGUUUAUCUGCAGAGACCACAGCCAGUUAAUCUGCGGCCUCUGCUCCACCUGAGGAGGACUUUUUCACCCAGCCACACACCCCUCUCUCUCCCUCACCCUCUAACAUGCUCUCCCUCGUUCUCUCAUACAUUU